UGUAACACGAGAAUUUUAUAUACAUAUUAGAUUUAUAUACUAUGUCGUUAGCGUACCCAUCAUUACAUCAUUCGUCAGUGACUUUUAUAAAGUCAGUGUCAUGCCACUACAAUAAACCUAUUUAUAUAGUUAUGUCAAAAAUAAAAUUCAAUAAAGCCUAUAAUUUAGAAAUUUUGUACUAUAUACAAAAGUAAUUGAGGUUGAUAUAAAGAUGAGUCACUCCAUGAGCAGUCCUCGAAAUAUCCAACUUGUAUUCGAGACGUAUCAAAAAGCAAGAUUAGUAUUCGUGCAAACUAUGGCGGAAUUGGCUACGCGAUCAACCAAUGUAAAAUGCCUGGAGAGUGCAGGAGUUUUAGAGUUGCUUCGUCCCCUAUUGUCUGAUGCAUGCAGUACAGUACGGCAAUGUGCUGUGGUGGCGGCGGCAAGACUUGCUGAACACGAUGAAGCUGUAGCCAGGCAGCUGCUUAGCGGAGGCAUGGUCACCUCAACGCUCGAGAAUCUUAACAAGUACAAUGUAUAUUAUAAGCGAUCAGCGUUGUAUUUAUUGCGAGCGGUGGCCAAACACAAUGAAGAACUGGCUUCAGCAAUAGUUCGUCUGGGCGCAUUAGAGCACAUUGUAUCAUGUCUUGAGGAUUUUGAUACUCAGGUAAAGGAGAACGCAGCGUGGGCUCUCGGCUAUAUUGGAAAGCACAGCGAGCACCUAGCCGGAUUAGUAGUCGAUGCGGGAACUCUGCCAUUGCUUGUGCUAGCUUUUCAGGAACCAGAAAUGAGCUUAAAACAGAUAGCGGCUGGUGCGCUCGUAGAUUUAGCUCAACACAAACCUGAGGCAGUUGUCGACGCUGGUGCCAUUCCACAUUUGGUACGUGGAUUAGAGAAUCAAGAUCCAAAAUUAAAGCGUAGUACAUUGUGUGCUCUGGGUGCCGUGGCCAGUGCGAGAGCUGAGCUAGCCGAGGCAACAGUGGCCGGUGGGGCUUUGCCCCCUGCCCUAUUACACACGGGACACGACUCGGCCCCAGUGCGAAGAGCUGCGGCUUGCCUACUUCGAGACAUAGUCAAACACUCUGUUGAUUUGGCCCAGCUCGUAGUCAACACUGGAGGCUGUGGACCGUUAGUUGAACUGAUGUUCGAAAACACAGGCGGAGCGCGUAUUCCUGCUUGUAUGGCCCUCGGCUAUAUAGCAGGACAAUCUGAUCAAUUAGCUAUGGCGGUCAUUGAAUCAAAGGCAGUAGUGGUCUCAGUUGAAAUACUACAAAAAAGUGAUGCAGAUGAUGCAGAGUUGUGUGCAGCAGCUUGGACUUUGGGGCAUAUAUCAAAGCAUUCUCCACAACAUAGCCUUGCAGUUGCUGUAGCUAAUGCAUUUCCAAUUUUACUUCAGUUGUACACAAGUCCUAAGUCAUCUGCAGAAGUGAAAGCCCGGGCCUGUUGUGCAUUAAAGCAGGCCUUGCAGUGCUGUUUACACAGACCAGCCUUAGAACCCCUCUUACAUUCUGCACCAGCAUGCAUACUAAAAUAUGUUUUAGCACAAUAUGCUAAGAUACUUCCAAAUGAUGCCCGAGCCAGAAGGCUUUUUGUAACGACUGGUGCACUCAAAAGGAUUCAAGAAAUCGAUACGGUACCUGGAACUUCUUUAAAGGAGUAUAUAAAUAUUAUUAACAGUUGCUUCCCAGAAGAAAUAGUAAGAUUUUACACACCAGGAUAUUCAGAUUCAUUAUUAGACAGAGUGGAAGCCUUUACACCACAGAUUCCAGAGUUAUUCACAGACAGGGUACCGAGCGACUGCCAGAGCGAAUUGACAAUGGAAAACACAAAUUAAAUUGUUAAUAUUUUAUUUUGUUCGAAUGUUAAGUCCUUCAACCGAUUUUCGAUAGUGUCCAAAUGGUUUUUUGAAUUUUAACUGAUCUCCCUCCAAUAGUCGUCGUAUCAAUUGCCAUAGAUUGGGUCGCAACUCUGUAACUGAUUUUCAUAUUCAAAUUAGAUAGUAUUAUACUUGCCGGCAAAUAAGUUUACUAGUGCCAAUAAGAAGCUAAGAUUUAGGGUAAUUUUCAGUCUAAAAGUCAGAAACGAGAUUUAUCGCAAAAUAUGACUUGUAUAUCAUAUAGAAUGUAUUGGUUUAUGACACAAUUAGCGCUACUCUCGACUCUGACACUCUUUAAUGAGAUUUAGCGCAAACUAUGACUCGUAUGUCAAAAUCGAAUACAUAUUUGACUUAAAAGUUAACGCUAAGUCUCGUUUCUGAAUUAACGACACCGGUCGGCCAAGUCGUGACUGAAUCUAAGAGUGAGGUAAAUAUUUUUAUUUGUAUCUCAUGUCACAAUCUCGUCUUGAGCGCUAACAAAUAUGCCAAACUUCACACUGAAAAAUGGUUGGACAGCUCUUGAAACUGGACUUAGUUUGAUUAACGUUCUAAAAUCGUCGGGAUUCUGAAUUUAUUACGCCGGACGUUUUUUAGCUUUUUUUUUACUAAAAGUGAUUUCCCUCUUCGCGUAAACUUUGCACUGCAACGCAAAUCUACG